AUGCAAGGACCUUUCAAAAAGCCAUUCUGGGAGGGUCUUAUCGCGGUGAGGUCGUGUGCCGUCCGGGACUCAGACAGAAUACAGCAUCGAGAACCUUCCUUGCCCGCGGAAACCUGGUUGCAAGUCUUUGACGAGCUUGCGCAGGGCGGCGAUUAUGAAGCCAUAGCAACAUGCGCUGACGUUUGCAAUGUCUUUCGGGAGUGGAGUAAACGAUAUAUCACUGGGUCGUGGAGCCGAUGCUUCAUACUCAAAAACGAGGCAGACGUUCAACAUGCCAAAGAAGAUGUAGUAACGAAAGGGCUGCUUGCUUGGCCAAGAGUGAGUUUGGCCUCCGUCGUGGGAGAAGAGAGCACAAGGGCGAUCCCGCACAUAGCCUCGUUCGCGUCGACAUUCGCAGCGGGCAAGUGGGUCCGCAUCGAGGAGUUGGCCAUCCAGAACGCAUCGUGGCCGUCGUCACUCCGGGCUGCCGACGCCGCCGUCUUCCGGGAUUUCUCGUGCUUUACCUCGAUCACCUGCCUCUUCUUGAGUGACGUCACAUUUCCAUCCAUCGUCACGUUUGGCGCCCUCGUCUCGGCUCUGCCUGGCCUCGAAAAACUCUAUCUCUGCGAUGUCAAAUUCGCCAGAUCGUCCUUCCUAUUCGACCCUCGCACGCUUUCCGAUUUUCGCUUCCUGCCACAACCCAAGGGCUUAGAGCGACUCUACUUGGGUAUUGUACCCGGCCGCGUGGACUCGGAGCCCUGGCUCGAGCAAUUCACUCCAACUGCAUGGCAGUGGUAUACGGAACUCCUCGACUUCAUCAGUUCCGUAAGCAGCCCUUGUGGUGGACAUUUCUGGGCGUAUCCGUGGGACUCGGUCCGUCAUCUGACACUCCACGAAUCCGUCUGGUGGAGAUUCUCCUCCUCUUCCAUUGCACGGCUCCUGCACGCACUACCAUCACUUUGGUACCUCAUCUUUGGAAACAAAGAGACAAACGUUCCCGAUCUUGAGAUCACAGGUGUCCACGCACAUCGCAGAUUGACUCCAAUCAACAUUGGCGUGGAUUGUUUGGCCCAGCCUCAGCAUGUGGACCAUAUUAUCCGUUGCUUGAUCGAGAUGGACUAUCCCCUCAGAAUCACACAGAUCUAUGCUUCAAUAUAUCCCUUUCUAUGUGAGCUUGACACGGCCAUAAUUUCGAUCUAUCUGAGAACACAAACCUCAAAUCACUCAAAAUACAUGCUGGACUGGAACACUGUGUCUGCCAUUGAUUUGGAUCCCGGUACAUUUGACUGGAGUAGCCGAGACAGGUUAAACCGUGACCUUUUGAGAUUGGAUGCCGUGCUUUCACUCCCCAUUUUCGAUAAUCUUGUGCACAUACCCAUACGGAUGCUUCCCGAUCAGUCCGUUGGGGGUGCCAGUGAGGAAGAGAUGAAAGAGCAGUCUCGAUGGACGGGGGAUUGUGGGGUGUGUACCGUUUCACUCAUUGCGUUAUUGUCAAUAGCAAUUUUUCGUAUCAUUGAUCUAUUCUCCCAUAGUAUUGAAGCAGGCGACAGUCACCGGGGUCCCAUUAUCAAGCUUGGAUUGAUUUGGGAUGACAAUAUAGAAGAGUGGCAACGUUAUACCAGCGAAGCAGACGAGAGGGGCAAUGUAGCCAUCGUUAAGACUCCCGCUUUUAAGGGCGAUGCACCUUCUGAAGCAAUGGCGGCGUACACUGCAUGGUAUCACAAUGACACCGCACUCCCGCGUAGAAAGAGGAGCUGGUGUCAUGGGGUAUGUAUGGAGCGAGAGCUGGAGGACAUCUACCACGUUUUGCAGCAGGGGGACGAUAGCAUGCACUCGGGCAGCAUGAUCCUGGGCCGAUCAGGCAAGGGGUGCCGACUUGGGGGGUUUGCCGACUACCCAGGGUGGCACAGCAGCAUCCUCUGUGAAGUCCAGAUCCCGGGGGACUACACCCUCAUGCAUAUAGAGAUCACCGGAGGGAAGCACGGAAGGAUCCAUAGCGAAUAUCACUCCGUGCGGUUCUAUCAAGAUAGAUUUGAGCCUGUGCAGAUGUCGCCGCACACUUGUCCAGUCGCACAUCGCACCACGUCCCGCCUUAUCAUCACAACAGCGCAUCCGACCUAUAGCAUGCAGAUCAGUCAUAAACCUUCGUUGCCUGAAGAACUCUGGAUGCAAAUCUUGGAUGACAUUCUGAGCGAAUGGGACUACGACGCGAUAGCAAGAUGCGCCAGGGUCUGCCGAUUCUUCCAGUACAUAUGUCGUCCGCAUUUGCAGCUCCAGUUGACGUUCAGGAGCAAAGGAGACGCAGAGCGCCUCAAGACAGACAUUGCAGCAAAGGAGCUCGGGGGCUGGCGAGGACCGAAAUACGUGAUCAUCGAGGGAGAAAGCGACUCGAACGCCAUUUCACACGUGCCCACGCUCGCCUCCAAAUUCGCUGGCAAAUGGACUCGGGUCGAGAAGCUGACCAUCGAGAACGCGUCGUGGCCGUCGUCGCUGCGGGCCGCCAAUGACGCCGUCUUCCAAAACCUGUCUCGCUUUGCCUCGAUCACCGACCUCUCCUUGUUUAACGUCACGUUCCCAUCCAUCGUCACAUUUGGCGCCCUCGUCUCGGCUCUGCCGCGCCUCAAUAAGCUCUUUCUCCGCGAUGUCAAGCUCACCAGACCCUCAUUUCCACUCGAUCCUCGCACGCUUGCCGAUUUUCGCCUUCUGCCACAGCUCAGGUGCCUACAGGAAAUUGACUUGGCCAUUGACAGGCACAAGCCUUUUACUCCUACUGCAUGGCCGUGCUAUACGGAACUCCUUGACUUUAUAACUGCAGUGAGCAACCCUUGUGGCAAGUUCCCUCGCGUGUAUCCGUGGGGCUCUGUCCGCCGUUUGCAGCUGAACGAAUCAGUCUGGUGGAGAUUCUCCUCCUCAUCCAUUACUCGGCUUCUACGUGCGCUCCCAUCACUUGAGUUCUUCGCGUUUAUAAGCGCAAGAGGAAUAUUCGGGGAAUUGAAUAUCAUAGGUGUCCCUGCAUAUCCCGGGCUGAACCCAAUUCACAUUCUCGUGGAAUGCGGGAUUCCUUCGUCUCAGCAUGAGUUGGAUAUUGUCCGCUCUUUGAUCAAGAUGAACUAUCCCCUCAGAAUAACAGAUAUCCACACUCAGAUAUUUCCCGGUUCACAAGAGACCGAUACGGUGUCCAACGCUAUCAAAGACCUAGUCACGCAUGCGGGACCAUCACUCGAGCAUCUUUAUUUUGAUUUCAUUGAUUGGGGAGCUGAUGUGUCGAAACACUAUCCGGAAGUUAGAACUUCCGCAGACCAAUAUAUAUGGGUACUCUUUGAUAACGAGCUGCAUCGUCAUCAUGAGAAAGAGUUGAAAGAGUGGGCGUAUUUAAUGAAGUCAUCCUUUGCUAGUUUCGACAAACGGGGAGUCCUAGGGAUUGAGAUGCGUGGCCAAAGCUGGUGGUAG